CUGUCAGAUGCAGACAUGAUGCUCCUGCUGCUGCUGCUGCCUCUGCUGUGGGGUGGGUCCCUGCAGGAGCAGCCAGGCUAUGAGCUCCAAGUACAGGAAUUGGUGAGGGUGCACAAGGGUCUGUGUGUCCAGGUGCCCUGCUCCUUCUCCUACCCGUGGAGUUCAUGGUAUUCCUCUACCAACCCCUAUACCUACUGGUACCGGAAAAGGAACAACACACAUGAUGAUGAACUUGUGGCCACAAACAAGCCAUACAAACCAGUGAAAAGAGAUCCCCGGGAACGAUUCCACCUUCUACAAGCCAGGACCAACAACGUUUGUUCCCUGAAGAUCAGAGAUGCCAAGUACACUGACACAGGAACCUACAUCUUCCAAGUGGAGAGGGGAAGGGUGAAAUAUACGUACCAAGAUAAGAAGCUGAAUUUGCAGGUGACCGACAAACCAGACAUCUUCAUUCAGGAGCCUCUGCAGGCUGGCCACCCCACACAGCUGACCUGCAGCCUGCCAGAGUCCUGUGAAGUGGGAAGACCUUUCACCUUCUCCUGGACGGGAGCUGCUGUUGACUCUCUGAACCCCCAGAACCUCCACUCCUCAGUGCUCACCUUUACCCCGAAGCCCCGGGACCAUGGUACCAACCUCACCUGUCAGGUGAAAUUGCAAUGGCCUUUGGUGACUACAGAGAGAACCAUCUGGCUCAAUGUCUUCUAUGCCCCAAGGAGCCUCACCAUAGGCGUGUCCUCCACAAAUGUCACAGCAUUCAAGAUUCUGCAAACCACAUCCUUUCCCAUUCUGGAGGGCGAGGCUCUGCAGCUGCUCUGUGUGGCUGACAGCAACCCCCCUGCACAGCUGAGCUGGUUCCGUGGGUCCUCAGCCCUGAACACUGCCCCCAUCUCCAGCACAGAGAUCCUGGAGCUGCCUCGAGUGGGGACUGGGGAAGAAGGACAGUAUACCUGCCAAGCUCAGCACCUGCUGGGCUCCCAAAGUAUUUCUGUCAACCUGUCUGUGGUCUACCCCCCACAGCUGCUGGGACCCUCCUGCUUCUGGGAGGAUGAGAAUCUGAACUGCAGCUGCUCCUCUCGAGCUCAGCCGACCCCCUGGGUGGGCUGGCGGCUGGGGGAGAGGCUGCUGGAGGGGAACCACAGCAAUGCCUCCUACAUGGUCACUUCCAGCUCAGAGGGGCCCUGGGCUAACAGCUCCCUGAGCCUCCAGUCCCAGCUCAGCGUCAGCCUUGGACUCAGCUGUGAGGCGCAGAAUGACCACUGGGCCCAGAGCACCAGUGUCCUGCUGCUGCCAGGACGACCCCCUUCCUGCAAAUGUGUGACUGAGGAGCAGCAGGGCUCCUGGCCUGUGGUCCUCACUCUGACCAGAGGGGCCCUCAUGGGGGCUGGUUUCCUCCUCACCUAUGGGCUCACCUGGCUCUACUACACCAGGUGCGGGGGCCUCCAGAGAAUGAGGCCGAAGUUCUGA